CGUGUGUAUGUGAGAGAGAGAGAGACAGAGAGAGAGAUAGAGCGUUUGAGUGUGUGUGAGCCUGAGUCUGGAGGGUUUCGGAUUGGAGAUGUAGAAAGAAAGGGCAGUUUCGAGGAAGUGACGGACGAAGUGCAGGGGACUGGUCAGAGGAAGUUUACUCGAUGCUGGUGCGGCGCUGCUGAGCAAAAACUUUUCCCCCUUCAGCGCCAGCGGCACCGUGGACCAGGACAAACGGAUCCACCGGCGCUGGGAGCUUUUGUUUCCUCCGCACACAAGCAAUACUGAGGAAUAAUUUGGGAUCGGGAAGGAAGCGAGGGCUCCGCGGAGGAAUUCCACUCCCACAGCCAAACCCAUCUCCUUCGUCUCUUCUCCGCGCUUCCUCUGUGUGGGUUUUUUUUUUGGGGGGGUGGAUCUGCGAUGGGGAAGGAGCAGGAACUCUUAGAAGCGGCGCGCACUGGAAAUCUGGCCGCAGUGGAGAAGCUUUUAUCUGGGAGACGACAAUCGGCGGGCACCGGGAGCGGAUCGUCCGGCACCGGUGGUAGCGGCAACAGCAGCGGCCACGGCGCCUCCUCUCAUCCGCUCUCCAGUCUGCUCAGCAUCUGGAGAGGACCCAAUGUGAACUGUGUGGACAGCACUGGAUACACGCCCCUGCACCAUGCCGCCCUCAACGGACACAGCAAAGUGGUGGAGUCGCUGCUUCGGAACGAGGCCCUGACCAACAUCGCAGACAACAAAGGCUGCUACCCUCUUCAUCUUGCUGCCUGGAAGGGAGACGAGACCAUCGUCACGCUGCUCGUUCACCAGGGACCCUCGCAUCCUAAACUCAACGAGCAGAGCUGUGUAGAGUUCAAACGCUGUGGGCCCUUUGACCCCUAUAUUAAUGCCAAGAACAAUGACAACGAGACGCCUCUGCACUGUGCGGCUCAGUACGGCCACUUCCAGGUGGUGCGGCUGCUACUGGAGGAACUGACAGACCCCACCAUGAGGAACAACAAGUUUGAGACUCCGCUGGACCUGGCAGCUCUGUACGGCCGCCUGGAGGUGGUCAAGCUGCUGCUCAGCGCUCAUCCUAACCUGCUCAGCUGCAACACCAAGCAGCACACCCCGCUGCACCUGGCCUCUCGGAACGGACACCUGCCUGUGGUGGAGGUGCUGCUGGACGCCGGCAUGGACAUUAAUUACGAGACCGAGAAAGGCAGCGCCCUUCAUGAAGCCGCCUUGUUUGGGAAGACAGACGUAGUGCAGAAGCUCCUCAGUGCAGGUAUCGAUGUGAACAUCCUCGAUCGGAAGGGGUUAACAGCUCUGGACAUCGUCAAGGACAUGCCCUCUCAGAAGAGCAGGGAGAUAGCUGCUCUUAUCUUAGGUCACUUGAGCGGUAAACAUGACAUUAAGCUUCCCCCUCCACCCAUCCCUCCGCCUCAGGAGAGUCCUAUCCCACAGAAAAAGGAUCUGGGUAAAGUAAAUGAGCUGAUCUCGGGGAUGGCCCCAGGGCCUGAGGAGGAGAGUCCCUACGAGGCUUUGUUUGAAGCCACCUCCUGCCACUCUCUGGAUAGCCUGACCAGCGGCAAGUCCUCCGACAGAGACUCUGGACGGCCAGAUAGUGAAGCUGGAAAGAAAGAUCGCCAGGGCCACUCGUUGCAUCCUGGUCCCGGUCAUGAAGAGGAGAUGAGUUCAGAGGCUCUGUAUACGAACAGCCACGCUGAUGAGCGGGUUCAGCCGGUGGGGGAUGAAGACCACACAUACGAGUUGUUGCUGACAGCACAAACCAAAGUCCCACCAGCCAGGCAGGAGUCCCAGCCUCACAAAGAUGAGAAUACCACUGUGCAGUCUUCCAACAGCGUUCUACCUCAGCGAAAACCUACUGCCCCUAAUGACCCCAGAGCCCUGGGCAAGAUGAAAGACUCCUUGCACCCCCCUGGCAGGGUGGACCCACGGCCAGCCCGAGACAACACGCAACGCAGCCAGGAUCAGGCAGCAGGUGUCCCAGAGCAGUUCACUGGCCUGUUACACGGAUCCUCGCCCGUUUUCGACUGCCGCGAGGAGCCCUUCAGGGUCCCUGGUGUCCAGCCACCCAGCCAGGGCCAGCCGGAAUCGGCCAAAUCUAACAAAGUCAAACAGGAAGUACCGGCAGCUGCACGACAGACCAACCGCCCCAGCAUGGCUGCCAUCCUGACAGACUGCGAUCCAAAGGCGAUUUAUGCGACUGUGCACAAGGAGGCCAGGGAGUCGGGGGCUGGAGCUAUGUCUGCUGUUAAGAUGCGUCCUCCUGGGGACCUGAAGCUGGCGCGCAGCCUCUCCAAGUCUGACUCAGACUUGCUGGUGUCACCCCCUAGUGAGGAGGAAGCAGGACUGGGCAAUCGCAGCGGCUCUGUGUCGAACUGUAGCACGGACAAGAAAAGGCUGGAGAAAUCCCCAUCCUUCACCUCAGAAUGGGACGAGACACAGACGACUUCCACAAGCACAAAACGAAGGUCUAAGUUCUUUGACAGCAUUGAGAAGAUCAUGACCCUGAUUGGCGCUGGCAUUGACUUUUCCAGGAAUCAGCACUAUGCUACACCAGGUACCGCGGGCCGACUGCUGGACCAGCCCGUGGGAGAAUGGCUGGAGCGCAUGGAGCUGCCUCAGUACGAGAACAAGCUUGUCGCCAGCGGCUUUGACGACCUGCACUACAUGGGCAACAACGUAAUGGAGGACCAGGACUUGAGAGAGAUUGGAAUCAAUGACCCGAGCCACAGAAAGAAGAUCCUGCAUGCAGCGCGUUCAUUACCAAAGGUGAAAGGUCUGGGCUGUGACGGCAGCAGCUCUCUGUCCUCCUGGCUGGAGAAUCUGGGACUCGGCGAGUACUUACAAAACUUCCUGGCCAAUGGCUACUGCUCCCUGGACUGUGUCAAAAACCUGUGGGAGAUGGAGAUGGUUAAUGUGCUGAAGAUUACUUUACUUGGUCACAGGAAGCGCCUCAUAGCUUCCAUAGCGGAGCGGCCCUAUGAGGAACCCCCAGUGAAGCCUCCUCGCUUGUCUCAAAUCAGGUGUCAGGAUCUGCCUGGUUCCCAGAGCUCGUCUCCCCUCAGUCAGAUAGAUUCCUACACAGGACGCUCCAUGGACCCUCUGCUGCCUGUGGGCGAGACAGGAAGGAAACACACUGCAGACACAGACUUCGACGUUGCCCACAAACAUCGCAGUGAGCGACACAAAGCCUAUGAUCGUCAUGAAGAACGGCAUCGGGAACCCCGUCUGACCCUGCGUCCACCUAGCCUGGCGGCUCCGUACGCUCCAGUCCAGAACUGGCAUCACCAGCCUGAGAAACUCAUCUUUGAGUCCUGCGCCUAUGAAGCUAGCUACCUGGGUUCCAUGCUGAUCAAGGAGCUGCGGGGCACGGAGUCCACUCAGGACGCCUGUGCCAAAAUGCGGAGGUCGACCGAACAGUUGAAAAAAGUCCCGACCAUUGUGCUCUCCAUCACCUACAAGGGUGUGAAGUUCAUCGAUGCAGCUUAUAAGAACAUCAUUGCAGAGCAUGAGAUACGGAACAUCUCGUGUGCCGCCCAGGACCCCGAGGACUUGUGCACUUUUGCCUACAUCACCAAGGACUUGCAGACCAGCCACCACUACUGCCACGUGUUCAGCACCGUAGAUGUGAACCUGACGUAUGAGAUCAUACUAACACUGGGUCAGGCCUUCGAGGUGGCCUAUCAGCUGGCUCUGCAGGCCCAGAGGACCAAACCACACCAGAAUCUCCCGGUGGGACUGGGUUCAGAUGACACUGAGACUAAAUCAAGCCGACCGGUACCUAAACCACGAGGCAGCGUGCGGAAAUCAGCGGACUCUCCUCCCCUCAACAGUCGCUGCUGUUACUCUUACACCUGCACCAUGCACUGUCCCUCCGUCCUCCCGCUGCACCCUGCCAGCCCUGCUGCCCAGGCUGGUGUUGUGGACCAUGAGGUGGAGGCUCCAUCACAGGGUGGCCCUAAUUGGCUUGUGGACCCCAAGGAAUCCAAGCGCACUAUUAGCACUAAGUACGAGACCACCAUAUUCUGAGUGGACCCUUCCUCCUAAUAACCUCACCACCUGGGCCUGGUCACUUUUCCGUCCUAAUCUGUGCCUUCACCUUGACUCUCUCUGUCUGUGGGCUGGACCCCUGCUCUCCCCUGUCUUUCUCCAGCUGUCACGUGUCCUGGUGGAAAUUACCAUAGUCCUUUGUUCAUUCUUAAUGCUAAACCACCACCUGACUAUAAAUGCAGCUCCUCGCUCUUGCUGGUGUCAUUCACGCUUCCAGCCUGCAGCUCACCUUCGCCGUUCUCCUUUCUGUUUACCUUGUUGUAUAUUUGAACUCUGUGUAGAUAAUCACUUGUUCCCUGUCAGCAUCCUUAUAUUUACUCUUGGUGAUGAGCUCUUUCUUUCUUUGGUGCUUUUCCUUCCCUGUUAGGCGACGGCCACUCUGAGGCUUUUCAAUCCUAACCCCUUCGAGUGCAAAAAUCAGAUAUACAACAACCCAGACUGACCCAACAAACUUCCCGUACCCGGAUGGACAUGUUUCCUAAGGAAACCCGGAUACUGUCCCUGUAAUUCUAUGCAUUACCUGAGCUUUAGCAAACCGUUUCUGUGACAUGCAUAUGAGGUUAGACACCAAUAAUCAGAGGGCUAAGUGGUCUGCUUGGAGCCAAAGGCGGCAACGAUCCUCGCACUGUGAUAUGGCUCUGUUGGAGCUACUGAAGCAAGCAUUUAGGGGAAUUCUCAAGGGAAAAGUGUGCAAAUAGGACACAGAGACAAGUAUGGACUCACGUGGUAAUGAGACUGGCAUGGCCUCCAUUGGGUAUCUAAGCACUUUUGCCGACUCCCUACAUGUGUGAGAACAAGUGCACCUUCAUCUGUUCUGUCGCUUUUUUUCUACUUUUCACAACAAAUGCCUUCUGUGUUCAUCAUAUCAGCAUUGCCUUUCACUUUACUGGGUUAAUUUUUAUCUUCUGUUGGAUAGAGUUAAUCAUCAGCAUCGCUCUGUUUAUGUCCACCAGUGCAGUGCUACGCUGGGCUUUAUUUUAACCUGACUGCUUUGUCUGCAUGUUUGUGUGUGUGUGUGUGUGUGUGUGUCCCUCCCCCUUUUUUUAGCUGAACACUGGGGCCACUCCCAAGUAAGAAAGGACAUGAAUGAGCCCUGCUGCAUGGUGGAUAGGAUGUUUUGUUGGAAAAGUGACCCACAUCCCACGCAGAUUCUAUCCCGUCCUGGAUCAUGCUAACAGCUCACCACUGCAACACGCUGGCCCUGGAAACACACGCCAGCUCACCCGACCUCACCGCCUUUGUCUUCCCACCCAGUGUCCCUCUCGAAGCUGUCCUUACUGUCAUAUCUGAAGAGCAAGCCCUCCUUUUCAGGAAAUGUCCCUGCAGAGAGGGGUAGUAGCUGAUUUGAAAAACAUUGGUACUGCACUACACGCUAUAGGUACACACAUCUGUACAUUCAUCAGCGUCUGAAACACAACAUAUGUGUAGAACUGUGAUAAAUGUCAUGUACACUUGACGAGGACAAGCCAAACUUACAGGACAGAAAAACUGACAUUACAAAGACUGUUUAUAAUAAAUUGGGGCUGUUUUAUAUGAUUUGAUGCUUUUCUUUUCUUUUUUAAUAUGUUUUACUUAUUUUAUAGGACAGUGAUGUGUCCUAAUGCUGGAACUGGAUCAGGUGUGGUUCACUGCAGUUUGUUCCCUCCUUUGUUGAGUUAAUCUAGACAAGAUUAUUCACCAAACCUGCCAUGCAGGCCCGUACGUCUUUAGAGUUUAGCUGCCAAAACCAACGUUAAGUAAGGCACAGCAUGUUUCCCAGUAUGUAUUCCCUGUUCAUGCUCCUUUUCGGUCUGAUGAUGUGUAUGUGGGUACAUUGUCGCGUUGUUGUUUUAAAUGUUAUAUAUGUAUGUUGUCAGGCCAGUACGAGAACUCUACGGUACACUGUCUUCAACUGGCUGCUGGUGGCGCCUCCAGCCGUCAGCCUGGUCCCGUUCUGCUUUUGCACUUUGCUAAGGAUCAGGAGAAAUAUUUUGGGACUAAUCUGAGACGUUCAAUAAGAAUGAUAUUGUACACAAAUCUAGUGGUCUGUAUUUUAAUACUUGAAUGAUUUUUGCUUUUAUAGAUAUCUAUAAAUAUAUAUGUAUAUGUAUGUAUGUAUGUACGUAUGUAAUUUUGACAUGUGUCAAAAAAGAGAAAAGGACUAUGUCUUAUAAAGUGAAACAUAUCAUGAAAAAAUGCCCUGUGAUUAAAAUAAAACUAAGACUCAGAAGAGGGACCUCACUUCGAAAAAAGAUUGUAAAUAAUCUUGGGCUUCCAAACUUUUUUAUGAUUAUUUUUCAGUACAACUAAUAAAUGGCAAAAUUGGAAA